CAGGUUAGGAUUAGCUCAAAUCCUUCAUUUUUUCUACUUAAAAAAAACAUUUGACGUUUUGAGUUGACAAAAGCUGGAAUCGUUCCAACCUUGACUCCAUGGGUUUAUUACUACCAGAAGUUCUUCUUUGACACCGGAAGUGUAUCUUCAGUCAUCGUUGGCGGCGGACCGUCAAAGCCAAAGAUGAGUGGUGAUACUGAUGGAAAUAAGGAAUUCCAUGAGCAGCUCCGGUUGCAGCAGCUGUAUGGCCAGAGACAGGGGGACGGAGUUGACCCCAACACCUUCGUGGACCCAGAGGAUGGGACAGUGUAUGACUGGGACCAUGACAAGAAAGCAUGGUUUCCUAAAAUAACAGAGGACUUUCUUGCUGCGUAUCAAGCGAACUACGGCUUCACAAAGGAUGGGCAGCAUGAUCCAAAUGCUGCGUGUGCACCUGACACGGACACAACAGCCAAGCCAGAGGAGGGGAAGAAAGCCGAGAAGCGCACUGACACGGAACAGCUGAAAGAUGGCAAAAAGGAGAAAGGAGAGAAAAGGAAGGCUGAUACUGCAGCCUGGUUUGAUGUGGAAACCGACAAGAAUACCAAUGUGUACGUGUCAGGUCUUCCACCGGACAUCACCACGGAGGAGUUUGUUGAGGUCAUGUCUAAGUGUGGCAUUGUUAUGAGGGACCCCAUCUCCGAAGAGUACAAAGUCAAACUCUACAGGGACGGCCAGGGGAACCAGAAAGGCGACGGACUCUGCUGUUACUUAAAGAAGGAGUCUGUGGCCCUGGCUGAGCGACUGAUUGACGAGUCAGAGAUCAGGGGGUAUCAGCUCCACGUGGAGGCUGCCAGGUUCGAGCUCAAGGGCCAGUACGACGCCAGUAAGAAGAAGAAGAAGAGCAAGGAUUACCGCAAGAGGAUGAAGGCACAGCAGAAGCAGCUGGACUGGAGGCCAGAGAAGAAAGGGGAGGCGCGCAAGAGGCAUGAACGUGUGCUCAUCAUCCAGAACAUGUUCCACCCCAGUGACUUUGAGGAAGACCCCCUGGUGUUAAAUGAGUACCGAGACGACCUCCGGACUGAAUGUGAGAAAUUUGGUCAGGUGAAGAAGGUCAUCAUUUUUGAUAGACAUCCUGAUGGAGUGGCCUCGGUGGCCUUCAAAGAGCCAGAGGAUGCAGACGUGUGUCAGAUGGCGCUGGACGGCCGCUGGUUUGGUGGCAAGAAGUUAUCAGCACAGCUGUGGGAUGGAUCCACUGACUACCAGGUGGAGGAAACCACAAGGGAGCGAGAGGAGAGACUGAAAGGCUGGGCAGCCUACCUAGAGGGUGGGAGCAAGGGGCCUGCACCGCCGGGGGCACCGCCAGGGAGUACAGAGGGACCAACCACAACCACAGAGGAGUCAUCCAGCAAGGCAGAGGGGCCUGUGACAGAGCCCUCCAACUCUCAGAGCCAGGAAGCAGGAGCAAAGGCAGCUGUAGACCCUGGGGUGGAACCAAAGACCUCUGAGGACGCAGAAGUAAGUUCCACUGACAGCAGCCUGGCAGGAAGUGAUGAAGAAGACACGUAGACAGACACACAGACAUCACUGUACACCUCCUUGUGUUCAGCAUAUAAAAGGACAGUCUUGCCUGACAUCUGCUAAACUGCCCCCACACCUUGUUUGAUUGGUGGAAAGUGACACGCUGAGGAAUAAGGCUAUUGGGAUGGAAAUACUCUGUUGCAUACUUAGUGAUGAAUAAUAAAAAAAAAAGUGAUUUGUAUAUUUUCAAUUCUUUCCCUCCACAAUGACCUGUUCUAUUGAUUGACCUCAAUAACUUGCAACAUCACUUUUAUGUCUUUUAUACUAGGAAUUUGUGUAAUGAACUAAAUGAUCUUGGUCUUGAUUUGAAUACGCUGGGAAUGGAUACGCAGUUAGGGACCAGGCUUCUGAGAGGUCUGAAACUGAAAGGAUUUACAUCCAUGUUUCUCAUUGUCUCUCUUGAAUAUAGCAGCGAACUUGAUUUCAACUGUAAAAGCUAAAACUCCAUCCUGUCCUGUCAUGAUUUGUUUUGAGAUGGAAAAUAAAUGCAACGUUACCAGUGGCAACCGUG